UGCUGCCGCGCCCGCCGGCGCCCGCACCUCUCCGCAGCCUGUGCCCCGAUGCUCUGAGCCCGCGCGGCCCCAGACCCGGCCCCUUCCCGGCCAGCGCCGCCAUCUCCCCGCGCCCCGUGGCGGCCAUUGGAGCCGCGGCCGCCUCGCAUCCAGGGAGCCGGCGGGAGGAGAAGCCAUCCCGCCGCCAUGGACAGCCCCGGCGGCGUCACCGACAAGAAGAGGAUUAGCUCUGAACGCAGGAAAGAGAAGUCGAGGGAUGCAGCCCGGUGCCGGAGGAGCAAGGAGUCGGAGGUGUUCUAUGAGCUGGCUCACCAGCUGCCCCUGCCACACACCGUGAGCGCGCACCUGGACAAGGCGUCCAUCAUGAGGCUGACCAUCAGCUACCUGCGCAUGAGGAAGCUGCUGGAUGCUGGUGAGCUGGAGACAGAAGCCAAAAUGGAGAAGGAACUGAACUGUUUCUACUUGAAAGCUCUUGAUGGCUUUGUCAUGGUUCUGUCUGAAGAUGGGGACAUGAUUUACAUGUCUGAAAACGUGAACAAGUGUAUGGGACUCACUCAGUUUGAGUUGACGGGGCACAGUGUAUUUGAUUUCACUCAUCCGUGUGACCAUGAGGAGCUGAGAGAAAUGCUUACACACAGAAAUGGUCCUGUGAAAAAGGGCAAAGAGCAAAACACGGAGCGCAGCUUUUUUCUCAGAAUGAAGUGUACACUGACUAGCAGGGGAAGAACAGUGAAUAUAAAGUCUGCUACGUGGAAGGUGCUGCACUGCACUGGCCACAUCCGUGUGUACGACACGUGUGGGAACCAGACUCACUGCGGAUACAAAAAGCCUCCCAUGACCUGCCUGGUGUUGAUCUGUGAACCUAUUCCUCACCCAUCAAACAUUGAGGUCCCCCUGGACAGUAAAACGUUCCUCAGUCGUCACAGUCUUGAUAUGAAAUUUUCCUAUUGUGAUGAAAGAAUUACAGAGUUGAUGGGGUACGAGCCAGAGGAGCUCCUGGGUCGCUCAAUCUAUGAGUACUAUCACGCACUGGAUUCUGAUCAUCUGACCAAAACACACCACGACAUGUUCACAAAAGGGCAGGUGACAACAGGACAGUACAGAAUGCUGGCGAAACAAGGUGGCUAUGUCUGGGUUGAAACUCAAGCAACUGUUAUAUACAACACUAAGAAUUCACAGCCACAGUGCAUAGUGUGUGUGAACUACGUGUUGAGUGGAAUUGUUCAGAAGGACUUAAUUUUUUCCCUUGGACAAACUGAGUGUAUGCUGAAACCAGUGGAGUCUCCUGACAUGAAAAUGACCAAAAUAUUCAGUAAAGAUGACCUGGAUGAUACCAACAGCCUAUUUGAAAAACUGAAACAGGAACCAGAUGCUUUAACUGUGCUGGCCCCAGCUGCUGGAGACACAAUUAUCUCUCUAGAUUUCAGCAGUAAUGAGUCUGAUGAACAACAAUGUGAUGAAGUUCCUUUGUAUAACGAUGUAAUGCUCCCCUCAUCCAGUGAGAAAUUGCAGAAUAUAAAUAUGGCAAUGUCCCCACUACCUGCCUCUGAAACUACAAAGCCACUUCGUAGCAAUGCUGAUCCUGCACUCAAUAGAGAAGUUGUAUCAAAGCUGGAGCCAAACACAGAGCCACUCGAACUUUCUUUUACCAUGCCUCAGGUGCAAGAGCAACCAACCAGCCCUUCUGAUGCAAGUACCAGCCAAAGUUCACCUGAGCCCAGUAGUCCCAACGACUACUGCUUCGAUGUGGAUAAUGAUAUGGCCAGUGAAUUCAAACUGGAAUUAGUGGAGAAACUCUUUGCCAUAGAUACAGAAGCAAAAAAUCCAUUCUCUACUCAGGAAACCGAUUUAGAUUUAGAGAUGUUGGCUCCUUACAUCCCAAUGGAUGAUGACUUCCAGCUGCGCUCCUUCGAUCAGCUGUCCCCUCUGGAAAGCAGCUCCUCCAGCCCUCAGAGUGCAGCCACCAUCACCAUAUUCCAGCAGGGCCAGACGGCACCGAGCAGUGCAGAGGAGAUGAAGCUGGCGGCGGAGUGCGGGGACGAUGCGAAGACGAUAAUUGUCCCUUCCUCUCCCGUGCGCGGCGUCGCCGAAUCCAGCAGUGCCCCCGCCUCGCCCUACGGCGGGAGCAGGAGUCGAACUGCCUCUCCCAUCAGAGCAAGGAAAGGAGCAGUGGAUCAGGUGGAAAAGCCUUCUCCAGGAGCACCCAGCUUGCUAACAGUCACUCUAAAUAAAAGAUCUACUGCACUGGAUGAAGAACUAAAUCCAAAGAUGCUAGCUUUGCAUAAUGCUCAGAGAAAACGAAAAAUGGAACAUGAUGGUUCACUUUUUCAGGCAGUUGGAAUUGGGUCUUUAUUCCAGCAGACAGGUGACCGUGGAGGAAAUGCAUCACUUGCUUGGAAACGUGUAAAGGGAUGCAAAACAAAUGGUCACAGUGGAGGGGAGCAAAAGACAAUCAUUCUACUAUCAACUGACAUAGCGAGUAAACUUCUAGGGCAGUCGAUGGAUGAGAGCGGACUCCCCCAGCUCACGAGUUACGACUGCGAAGUAAACGCUCCCAUACAAGGCAACAGAAACCUGCUACAGGGGGAAGAACUGCUCAGAGCUCUGGAUCAAGUUAACUGAGCUUUCACAAAACUUGCUCCUUUUUUUGGACACUGGUGAAUCAUCACCUAAAGCAGUCUAUUUAUAUUUUCUAUAUCUGAUUUUAGAAGCCUGGCUACAGUACUGCACUAAUUCAGUUAGUUCAGUUUUGAUCCCCUUUCUACUUAUUUUGACAGUCUUUUUAAUAUGUUCUUUAUGUAACAAUAACUCAAACUAUAGUGCAUUUUUAUAAUUCUUUGGUACAUACACUUUUAAGUCCAUUACAUUUAAAACACACUUGCAAUAGCAGCUUUGAAAUACGCACCUGAUUUAAAAAAAAAAAAAAAAAUUAUUUUUUGGCUGGGGAGUUGGUCACCAAAACUUAUCAUUAGUAAAAUGUCAACACAGGAAAAACUGGCAAUACUUCCAUCCUGCUUUUCAUAGGUAGUUGGAAGACUUGUGCUCUCUUACUCUUUAUGUUCAAGUAAGUUUUUUAUUUUAAUAGUUUUUAUAAGAAACAACAAUGCUUUGCAGCGGUGCAUUGUAGCCACAAUCGCACAAUAUAUUUUCUUAAAAAAUACCAGCAGUUCCUCAUGCAAUAUAUUCUGCAUUUAUAAAAACUAGUUUUUAAGAAGAAUCUUUUGUUUGCCUAUGAAAACAUGUCUAAACCUGGAUUAUGUCAUUAUUUUAGUCACGUUGUAAUAUAAAUUGUUCUUAAAUGCUGUCUUAUGCUUUUGACUUCAGUGAGUGUGGUUAGUCAAAGGAAAGAUUUUAUCUGGAAAGGGCUAGCAGCAUUUUAUUUGGAUACGUUCUCAAUUUAGAGAAAGUUUGAUGUUCUUAAAGUAGUCACUUUGCCAGCUUAAAAAAAAAAUCCCUGCCUGUAGUUGUUGAAGUUAAUGCUAAUAUUGUGUAUGAUCUUAAAUCUAAAUGUUCCGCUUACCCUGUGUGGUAUAGGUGAUAUUUCAAGCAGAUUGUAAAACAUCUUGCAUUGUUAGCAAACUUUUAUCUAGUACAUCAUUGAGUUGCUCAAUAUUUUGAUGUUUUGGUUUUAUGCACCUUGUUGCUAUUAACAUCCAUAUGUUUUCAUGUAGAUUUCAAUAACUUGAAUAUAUUUAGAAGCCUUUUUAUUUAGAAAUAUAUAGUUGUCACAAACAUCUUAUUUUCCUAUAUGUACUGUACAAAACCUUCAUUCACUCAUUCUUUUUGUUCUUUGUGGUUGGAUCUAACACUAACUGUAUUGUUUUCUUACAUCAAUAAACUAUAUGUGGACCAGG